GCCGAGAGGCCACGGAGGGGCCUGGGGCGCGCUGAAAGGGGGCGGGCCGCGGCCGGGGCAGUGAACGGAGGAGAAGCAGAGAGCAGGAGGGCUGCUGUGAUGGCCACCGGAGAUAUCACCACUCUCCCCUCCACGCCGGCCGACGGCGGGAGCGCCGCGUUCCCCCCGGGCAGCUUCAAAGAGCCCAAACGGCUCUACUGCAAAAACGGGGGCUACUUUCUGCGGAUCAAUCCGGAUGGCAGGGUGGACGGCAUCCGUGAGAAGAGCGACCCCCACAUUCGGCUGCAGUUGCAGGCGACGGCCGUGGGAGAGGUGGUUAUCAAAGGCUUGUCUGCAAACCGUUACCUGGCCAUGACCUCAGACGGGCGGCUUUUUGGAGCGAGGCGAACGACGGAUGAAUGUUACUUCCUGGAGCGCCUGGAGGCCAACAACUACAACUACAGGUCCCGUAAAUACCCUGACUGGUACGUGGGCCUGAAGAGGACGGGACAGUACAAGAGCGGCUCGAAAACCGGGCCCGGCCAGAAGGCCAUCCUCUUCCUCCCCAUGUCCGCUAAGAGCUGAGCGCUCUUCACCUCGACAGGUGUUCACUGCCGGGGCCCAGGCGGAAACUCUUUGGAGAUAUGAACGUUGGGGGGGGGGGUACACUCGCGCAACCCAGUGUAACAUUAAACCAAAAAUAUUGCUUAACUUGCUUUCAAAUCAAUACUGUCCACCACCAGUUAUUUUGUUCAAGCCUUUUAUGAAGCAACUGCAAAACAUCGGAUUUCCUGCAGAACAUCAACUGCAGCUUUGAACACUGAAAACUUUGUGGAAAGCUUUC